CUGCAUCUCAUUCUCAUUCGUUCACUGUCACUUUACCCAAUCCUAACACUUUCUUCUCUCUGUUUUCCUUCUUCCUCGCAUCAAUGGAGUUGGACGGCGUUCUCCUCGGCAUGUGCAACCCUCUCCUCGACAUCUCUGCCGUCGUCGACGACGCUUUCUUGCAAAAAUACGGUAUCAAGUUGAACGAUGCGAUUCUCGCCGAGGAUAAACACAAACCUAUGUAUGAAGAAUUGGCUAACAAUCCUAAUGUGGAGUACAUUGCUGGAGGUGCUACUCAGAAUUCAAUCAGGGUUGCUCAGUGGAUGCUUCAAGCACCAGGUGCCACAAGUUAUAUAGGUUGCAUAGGAAAGGACAAAUUUGGAGAGGAGAUGAAGAAGAAAUGUACACUAGAUGGUGUAAAGGUUAACUAUUAUGAAAUCGACAAUACACCUACAGGAACUUGUGCUGUUUGUGUGGUUGGUGGUGAAAGGUCCCUUGUUGCCAACUUAUCAGCUGCAAAUUGCUACAAGUCUGAGCAUUUGACGAGACCGGAAAAUUGGGCAUUAGUUGAAAAGGCCAAGUAUUACUACAUUUCUGGCUUUUUCCUCACUGUAUCUCCUGAUUCCAUACAAUUGGUUGCUGAACAUGCAGCUGCAAAUAACAAGAUCUUCAUGAUGAACCUUUCUGCUCCCUUUAUAUGUGAGUUCUUUAAGGGUGCACUGGACAAAGUUCUGCCAUAUAUGGAUUAUGUUUUUGGAAAUGAAACUGAAGCAAGAACAUUUUCUAAAGCUCAAGGCUGGGAGACUGAUAAUGUUGAAGAAAUAGCUUUAAAGAUUUCUCAAUUGCCAAAAGCAUCAGAAAAACAUAAAAGGAUUACUGUUAUCACCCAAGGUGCAGAUCCUGUUUGUGUCGCUGAGGAUGGAAAAGUAAAAUUGUAUCCUGUGAUACUAUUACCUAAAGAGAAAUUAAUUGAUACAAAUGGAGCAGGAGAUGCUUUUGUGGGAGGAUUUCUUUCGCAAUUGGUUAAGCAGAAGCCCAUUGAAGAAUGUGUGAGAGCUGGGUGUUAUGCAGCCAAUGUUAUCAUCCAAAGGCCUGGCUGCACAUACCCAGAGAAGCCUGAUUUUCAUUAAGUGAUUUCUCCUUUUCUGUUACUGCUAUGAAUUAUUAUUAUUAUUUUUUAUCAUUGAGAAGAAUUUUAACAGCCACACUCUAACUGGUGUGGGGUUUUUUAAUCCCCCGUCUAGGGAAAACAACGUGAAAAAGUUGCAGGAAAAGAGAUAAAACUUGAAUAAGUUCAUAUAUUUGAAGUCCGAUCAGGCAUCAAUUCUCAUAUUGCUGUUCGUGAUCUUUUUUCUUUUUCAUUUUUUUUUCCUUUCUCCUUUUUGGUUACAGUUUAUGUUGUAUUUGUACCCCUAACAGGGCACCUGAAUCUCUGUUAUCUGUUUAUCCUGUCUUCUUUUUCCUAA